AUGCCAAUCAGUAAGCAUCAAAGUGAAUAUUCAAUCGCUUCUCUUGGAAAGAUCUUGCCCAAUUCUACCAUGAGAUCCACAGACACAUUUCAGGAUCCAUUCAACACAACCAAGACAACAGGCGGAAGACGCAGAUCGGUGUUUCUCUAUCCAUUUUCCAGAAACCGAAAAUAUGAUUCGUUUCUGUCUGCAAAAGAUUACGAAACAGCCACAUCCCAACCGAAUAGUAAUAUCAACCAACCCACAGACGACUCACUUGGGCGAAACGAUUUCACACGAUUACUAGCCAGAUUAAAGGCUAGUACUACAUUGAACACAACAAGAUCAAGAAAUAGUGUUCAGAUCAAUAGUACUUCAGAUCUUCAUAAAGAACAACAAUCUGAAAUAUUUGGAAAUUAUUACUUUGGUGCAAUUGAUCAACCAACCGAUGGAUCUCUACCAAAAUCAACAACCACAACCACAACAACAUCGUCUUCACUCUUGCAGAGGAUCUUUAGAAGAAAGAAACCAGAAAAAUGGAAUGAAAACAGCCUAUUUUCAGUCAAGGUUCCUCAAGUAGUAACGAAUCAAAUGGACAUUUCUGAUUCUUUACAAAGCCCACACUUGACAUUGUUGAUAUCCAAAUUCCCAACAAUCGAUAGUCCAAAUGGUUCGUUUGUCUGGCCAGAUCCAACAACCAGUCAUCCUAUACACCCUACCUAUCUCAGUAAACCCAGUCACCCAAGUCAUCCCUAA